UAUUUUGAAUUGUAUCAGUUCCAGGCUGCUGAUGAUUGUGUGAGAUAACAUGUCGUAGUUCGCGAAAGUGAGACCUGAAGCUGAUCCGAAAUGGUGAUGUGGCAUUCAUUGACAGCGGCGUUUCUCCUGGCGAGUUUCUUUGAAACGACUCUUUCGCAAUCAAGUUACUGGCAAGAUGGGUACACCUGCGGUGAACCCUUGCUAACGGAUGCGGAACUUGAAGCUACUUCGUCUCUCCAGGGCCGAGAACCAAAGCAAGCUAGACUACGGAGUGAGUAA